GUUAUGUACUAUCGACCUUACAUUUAUUAUCUCGAUAUGUCACAACAGAAACGAUUAUAUCGAGGGUUGUUUCAACAAUUGUGGUGUGAUCGGCUGCGUUUCAUCACGCGAGAAAAAAUUGAUAACGUGACUACGGCAGCAGACGCCCCAGAGGAAAGGGUGCCUCCCGCAGCAGGCCCUCAACAAACGGCAGAAAGUGGGAUGGGAGAAGCGGAUUGGCGGCCUUUUGUAUAUGGAGGUCUUGCUUCCUGCGCAGCCGAAUUCGGUACAUUUCCAAUUGAUACUACGAAGACUCGUCUGCAAAUUCAGGGGCAGAAAAUUGAUAGCAACUAUGCUGAGCUCAAGUAUCGUGGAAUGAUUGAUGCUUUUUGUAAGAUAACAAAGAAAGAAGGUUUUGGGGCAUUAUACGCUGGUAUUUGGCCCGCUGUUCUAAGGCAAGCCACCUACGGCACGAUAAAAUUUGGCACGUAUUAUUCGUUGAAACGCAUUGUUUCGCAAGGCAAGGAAGAUGACGUUGCCGUCAAUGUGUGUUGUGCAGUUAUUGCAGGCAUGGUCUCCAGUGCAAUUGCCAAUCCAACAGAUGUACUUAAGGUGCGCAUGCAAGUGCUGGGUGGCCAGAGAGGAUUACUUGACUGUUUCCAAGAAGUUUAUCGGUAUGAAGGAGUUGGUGGGCUGUGGAGGGGUGUUGGACCCACAGCCCAACGAGCAGCAGUCAUUGCGGCUGUGGAAUUGCCUGUUUAUGACUUCUGUAAACAACACCUAAUGACAACAUUUGGCGAUCAUGUUGCUAAUCACUUUAUUUCCAGUUUCAUAGCAAGCCUUGGUAGUGCAGUAGCAUCAACACCAAUUGAUGUCGUACGUACAAGGCUGAUGAACCAGAGGAAACUUAAAGCUGUAACCCAUGAUACCAAAUCUGUUCGCAUAUAUACUGGCAGUAUUGAUUGCCUAGUCCAGACAGUGAAGAAUGAAGGAUUUCUUGCCUUAUACAAAGGCUUUAUUCCCACAUGGGUUCGAAUGGGACCCUGGAAUAUCAUAUUCUUUGUAACUUACGAACAGCUGAAGCAGUUGUACUGAGGAGCAUUCUACUCAUGUCAUUUACAGCAUUUACCAAACACAAUACUUAUUAUUUAUUUUACACUGUUCUUUUAAGUAUUUUGCUUGUAGAACACAGCCCAAAGGUUCAUAUUUUUAAGAGUGGUCAAAGCAUUGUGUUUGUUGCAUUUUCAGAUUGUGCUAUUUAUGUAGUCAAAGCUUUAAUUUGUGGCAGUGAAUCUCACUUUUCAUUUUCCAUUUUUGUCAUUGUUUUUGAAGAAGUUAUCCUUUCUUGUUAAAGGAAACAUACAGCUGACUAAAAAAAUAAAUAAAAAUACAGUAUUUAAUACACACAUCUGAAAUCUAUGUUCAAAGAAAUGACAUACAUCAAGAAACAGCAGGUUUCAAAGUCAGAAGAGUCAGUUUCUAAUCAUUGUACAAUGUUUCAUAGAAAAAGUAUUAUGCACAGUAUUCCUGUAAAGUGACGGACCUUUACAUUUAAUGUGUAGUCCUGUUCCAGAUAUUCUAAUGAAUCACCUGAGGAUUGGGAAGUCUAUGUUUGAAUUAACUAUGUUUAUUAGUACUUAAGAUAGGCCUUAUAAUGAGGUCCAGUAUCUGUUGACAAAAGAGGAACUGUGAUAUGUCAAAAAUUGUAUUGCAUAGAUACUUUUUUUAAUUCCAUUGUAACAGCAAAUUGGUUGCAUUUGAACAGAAUUUUGUUUCAAUAUUGUUAUACACUUUUGAUAAAAAAUUUUCAUUUCAUGGAAUUACACUAAAUAUAACAUUUAAAAAAAACUUUUUUAUUUAACUUAUAACAGUACAUGUUUAUACUGUUUUCUUACUUUGAAGACUGAAAAAUUUCAAGUAGUGUUCAGAGCAUUAGAUGCUCUUGACUAUUCUUGUGUAGCAACUGCUGGUCAGUUUGCCUUAAGUAAGUGAUGUGACUCAUUUCCAAAGAUUUAAAGAACAAGUGGCAGACAAAGAAUGACACUUAACAGUGUUGCAAUCAUUGUUCACAACUGAUUGGAUAUAAAGGUUCCUUCAAUUGCAUAAAUACUGUUAUCCAUCAAUUAUUCUAAAUUUCAUGAAAGGUAAGCAGUGGUGUAAUUUUGAGUACUUUUCCAGAAAUACUCUUAUAUUGGUCAGUCCCAGCACUGUCAAGUUCAGUCAUGUAUCAAUGAAUUUGAAUAUUGGCAGCUUAUUUACAUAAUCAAUAGUUUCAGAAAAAAAAUAGGCAAGAAACUGUCAAAAUGUAACUGUUAAAUUUCUGUAAUCAGAGUGCACAGUGGUAUUUGUGAAUCAAUUUUGAAUUGGGUUUUACAAUUUAAAAAUUGACUUGAAGAAGAAGUGGAUCCCUAAAAGAUAUGUUACUACUAGUGGCAUGAGCAAAAAUUGGGACAAAUUCCACUGAAAAAAAUUAUGUAUCAAUAUAAAACCUGCAUUUAUACUCCACCCCUUCAUUCUUGCUCAGAUUCACAUUUGUUCAAACAUACCUACACUUACAAAGGUACUCUACUCCAAUUCUAUACAGAAUCCAGAAAUUUAUUGUGCACUUUUUAUGACAUUGGUGUAACAUCCAGUACAGCAUACCAAUCUAUACUGUUCUCUACUCUAUUAUUGAUUCUUGUACUUUUAUCCACUAUGGGAAUCAAAUUUUGACUCCUGUCUAUAGGGAUAAAUUAUACAGAAUCUAACUGGUUCAGGAUUCUGUGUCUGCCCCCUCAUCCCUCCCUCCCUCUCCCUGUUGGACACACAAGUUGAUUAAAUUUUUCAGACUGUCUGUCAGUGAAGCUCCAAUACAAAUCUGGUUCUGAACUGUCCCUUCAAUGCACAUUUAAAUUUUUGUUUAAUUUUUUCUUACUUCAUAUUGAAAAUAUUUUACAAUAUUAGUUGGAAUAUGUCAUCUCUUGCCUAAACUCUACUUUCUGCAGUUAGCUGCUUAGUUUUUUACUUUGUUGAACUGUAUGUGUACUUUGUUUGCAGCUAUAUUAAGUUAUUCUAAGAACUGAAUACUGUAAAGUGCCUGUGUAAGACCAUAUAUGUGCAUAGUGUCAGAUAUCAGCAUAUUAAUAUGAAAAAGAGCGUUGCCUUUCUAAUAAUCAUCCUGCUUAACUGGAUGAAUAGCAGUUUCAAACUAAGUCACUAUUUAAGAACUGUUCGGAUACAAAAACGUUCUACAGUAUCUAUGCAUCCACUCCAGCUGAUUUGUUUUGAUAGUAACUAGAUAUUGCGUAUUUUUGUUUAAGUCACUUUCAGUAUGUUUCUCCUUUUCUUCCUGUAGAGUGGAUAUUUAUAAUACAGUAUUAUAUUGAUCAUUGAAGUAAUUCUUAACUUACCUAGUCAGGUUGUUCAAUUCACCUUAAAUACAGAUUGAAGAUGUAACUUGCCAGCAUAAAAACACUCAUUGUGUUCUCAUUUAUCAAGAGGAACCCACAUAGUCAAUACAAACUAUACAGGGUGUAUCAAAAAGGAUGAAAUAAACUUACAUGGCUGAAAGUACAUGACAAUAGAAGCACAAAUGACCAGUAAACAUGUGCUCCAAGAUGCAUACCUUAACAGCUAUGAGCACCUGUUCAUCUUCGGUACUUUAUAACACAACUCUUCUAAUGAACAAAUGCUCAUAACUUUUAAGGUAUGUAUUUUAGAGCACAUGUUUACAGGACAUUUUUUUCUUGUUUUGUUCCAUACUACCACUUCGCAAAAUAUGGAAAGCAAAGAUCUUGCAGUAGAAAAGAUUUGUUUCACAGUAUUGAAAAUCAAGAAUAUAUCAUAGCUCUUAAGGUAUGCGUUUGAGAGCCCAUUUUUACUUGACAUUUGUGCUUCUAUUAUUGUGUACCUUCAGCUGUGUAGGUUUGCGCCAUCCUUUUUGAUACACCCUGUAUACUGUAUUUAGUCGACCCCAAUUUUUUGAAGAUUUCCCGUGUGAGAAAUUUUUAUUUUUAACUCUUCUGAUCACUCACAUUUACAAACUUGAUUGAUAUGUUAUCUUCAGGUCUGCCUAAUAACGUUGAUACCAUCAUUUGUAAACAGCUAUGACUUAUUUUAAUAAACUAUCUGAUGCUGAUACACAAGUAUUUUUUCAUCAGAUGCCAUGGGAAACUAAUGAUCAAGUGUUCUUAUGCACUGUAAUGUAAGCUCUACUCUCUGCAUUAUUGUCAUGCAACUUUUCACACUUGAUUUGAAUUCCACAAUGCAUGCAGUUGGAAAAUUCCUCUAUCUCUAGCACAUUAAUUUGGAUUAUUUUUCAAGUAAUCAGGAAUCCUUAAUUGCUGUUGUCUUACACAUAUUGGACGACCACUUGUUGCUCUGGUUUGUGAAACAUUCCCCUGAUUCAGUCCCCUGAGAGUCUGGCAUGUAGAACUGAUGAUCUCUAAUUUAUUCUUAUCUGACUCUGCCUACAAAAAUUUACUUCUGGGACAUCAAAUUUUCUUUCUGUUUCACAGUUGUGUGUGGCCUCUGCUUUGUAGAUAACUGUUGUCUUAAAAUUAGUGUCAUAUUGCCAGUGUGCACCAUUUGUGAACUUCACUCUUAACAAUCGCGGCUGUUACUUUCAUCUGUUAUCAAUCACUGCAAUUUACUGUUCUUAUAGCAAUAAGCAAACUGAAUAACAACAGUAUGUUAGCCCCUCAGCUCCCUAGGGCGGAAUUAACAGAAAUUGGACCUUGUUGGGCUAACUUUGCCCUUCAUGUGUUGCCAAACUUGAAAAUCAGCAGUGUUCCUGAGCUUUAGCACUGUUGUCAAACACUGUGUUUCAUGUAUUGUGUUGCAUUUCAAGUGUUCUGGGCAAACUUAUUUAUUUUAGAAUUACUUUGUCUUCUGUAGAAAUGUAUGCUGUUGCUGAGUAUCUAUCAAUUUGUGAAAACAGUCCAGUUCCUAUUUCAUUUGGAUUCACGAAAACUGCAGUUUAAACAAGGUAGGUGUCAUAAAAAUCAAGGUUUGCGGGAUGCAUCGCAUAGUUGACAGCAUGAUGAAAUUUUCUACCCAUUCAUCAGUUCCUACCUGACAUUGGCCCAAGCUACCUCACAUUGGCCCAAGCUGGUGCCACUGCACCUCAUCCCAGCCUUCUGAUAUCGCCAAAUCUUCAUAUAUAUUUGCUUCAAUGACGAACUGUUAAUGCACUGUUCCCUUGUGUACCAUCUCAGAGGGACCUUUAAUAUUUCUUUGAGAAGUUUUCGCCCAAGGGUUUGUAGGAAUGAGAUAUCAGUGUCUUGCGAUCCUUACAUGCCUCAUAGCUUACUGUUACCGGUACUUCUCUAUUUGUAAUUUUAAAAAAAGGUGACCUUUUCUUUGCAAUAACCUUCUAUAAAUAAUGAGACUAAUUUCACAAUACUACAUGUGAUUAAACUGUAGAUAAGUAAAACAGGUCAUUAUCUUUAAUAUGGGAGGCCAUGGAGGCUGGUAUGGUGACGAAGAGUUCACUGCGUGAAGUAUUCUGAGAAAACUUGUGGUCAUCAUUUACAAAGGUAGGAAUGAAACUGGGAUGUCAUUUCUGUAACUGAAGGUAUUAUCGAAAAGUCUCUCAGGAAGAGAUCAGUAUUUACAAUUGUAAUGAGUAAACUGUGAAAUCCUAAUAAAUAUGUAUGGUUUUAAUGUCUGAUGUAUGUCAUCCAUUAAUUUAAUGUUGAGGAAGUUUAUUCCUUUGUUUGUACUCUUGCAUGUUGUUCUGUAUGCGUAUUCUUCUAAAGAGAGGUUCCAGCUAUAACAUCUAAAACUAAAAAUCCCCUAUACAACAGUAUAUUAAGUUCCUUGUAAUUUACAUAUUUUGUGUAUUUGUAAAGAGUAUGAUUUAUUUCAGAGGAAUGUUUUAAAGAAUAAUAAUAAUUUGCUUGAAGUUAUACAAUUCUUAUCCACUUUGUCAAAGUAAAUCAUUGUCACUAGCAAGUGAAAUGUAAAUGAAUACAGUGAUAGCUGUUCCUCAUCAGUGUUAUCUUUAAAGUAAUAAAUUUUCAGGUUGCAUUUAAGUUCAAAUGAGAGAUGUAUCCUCACAUAAGGCAUUGGUUCUCAGUUUUCUAUGUUCUCUGAACAAGGCUUCAUACAUUUUCUUCUGUACAAGCAUAUUUGAUCCACUUUAUGGAAUAAAUAUGAAAAAAAAGAAGAGCUGAUGACCAAAGUGGAGAUUGUCUCUCAUUAAAAGAAGGAUAAAACUGUGACAGAUAUGACAUUGGGGCCAUUCAUUUAAGAGAACGGUGAUUGCCGGGAUAUGGCCUAAAGAUGUAUACAUGAAUGAAGUAAAUUAUAGGCAUAUGCUUCACAGAAAAACUGAUAACAAAAUGUGAACCAAUAUAGAAAGAAAUAUUCUCAGCAGAUAAGACAAACCACUUUUUAAUAAUAUCCUUGCAGUUCUUUCAUGACAAAUUGGCAAGUGUGUGUGUUUGUUGGCUCCAUCAAACAGUGAAUAAAUUUGGAUUUUUUUCUUGAUGGUGAAAGUUGUAAGUGUCAGCAUUCAUACAGUGAAAAACGAUUCAUGUUUGUUACUUUAUGUGUGGAGUAUUCCCGACAGUUUAUUGUUGAAACUAUAUUAUGGAUGUGAAAUGAAAUACCUGUAUGUUCUUGUCUGUUUUGAACUAGAGCCUGUAACUGAUGCUGUUUCAUUAAAUACAGAAAUACCUCAUAA